AUGUAAAUGGCUUACUAGACUCAUUGCUAAGACUGAAAGUUAAAACUGAAACAUGUCCUCUGACUGAUCACAGAUCAACCCCAACCUGUCCUGAGUAUCUCUCCUCAGUGGCUGAACCCUGGGUCCUCGGUGAUGUUGAGCUGUGGGGUUAAAGACCUGUCUACAGACUGGAGGUUCUCCUGGUACAGGACUGUUCCCUACAGAGCUGGGUUACCCUCCCUAUCAGACAAGUCUUAGUCUCUACAGCCCCUAUCUGACAAUGUGACUAGUGAAGACUCCUACACUCUGAUUCCUGCUGGUGCUACUCCCACAGGAGGAUAUGUGUGUAGAGCUGGGAGAGGAGACCCAGUCUAUGAUACACUCUACAGUCAACCUCAGUGUCUCUGGUCAGGAGAUCUGCAGCCUUCAGUGUCUCUUACAGUAAAUCCCAACACAACUCAACACUUUACAUCAAAGUCUCUCUCACUGAGCUGUGAGGAGAAGGGGAACUCUACUGGAUGGAGACUGAUGAGAUACACGGAGAGAAGAGUACAGUCAGGGUGUGUCUCUAACUGGGGAUCAGUAACAGGGUCUACAUGUACCAUCAGCAACACAUACACAUGGUCCAGUGGAGUGUUCUGGUGUGAGUCUGGAUCAGGAGAGUACAGUAAUGCUGUCAACAUCACAGUAAAUGAUGGUGAUGUGAUCCUGGAGAGUCCUGUCCAUCCCGUGACUGAAGGAGACUCUGUGACUCUGACCUGUACAUUUAGAUAUCAGGAAACAAAUCCUAACCCCAAGACUGAUUUCUACAAAGAUGGAGUACUCAUCAAGAAUGAGACCACAGGAGAGAUGACCAUCUCUACAGUAUCCAAGUCAGAUGAAGGAUUCUAUAAGUGUAAAUCUGGUAAAGGAGAAUCACCAGAGAGCUGGGUGACAGUAAGAGUCGUAUCUCCUGGAUCCUCUACAUCAGUCCUAGUAGGAGUGGUUGUGGGUCUGGUUGUUGCUGGUGUUCUACUGGUCCUGCUGUGGAGAUAUCAAAACAGAAAACGUUCCUGUUUCAACAGAAUAUUCUGGCCCCCUCAGCCCCAGAGUACCAACCAGGACCCCCAACAGGACCAAGGAUCUGGGUAUACACAUCAACAGCAUGGUGACACUAACAUCUACGAUACGAUCAAUCCCUCAGACAACAAUGAUAAUGAUGCUGCUGGUGCUUCUGCUGCUGGACCAAGUCAUGUGACUUACGCCCAGAUUCAACUCAAAAAGUUGGACAAGAAAAAGAAAGAAAAGCUAGCUGAUCUAGCUAAAAAUCCAGUCUACUCUGUGGUGAAAACAGGGAAAGCCAGAGCAGCUGGACCUGUUGAUGUGACCUAUGCUGAGGUGGACCUCAAAAACAAGGCCAAAGCCAAGAAGAAGAGAGCCCCUAUAGAAACAGCAACUCCACCUGAGUGUAUAUAUUAUUCUGGAUAUAAGAAUAGAGCAGCUGGACCUGUUGAUGUGACCUAUGCUGAGGUUGACCUUCAAAAGAAGAACAAAACCAAGAAGAAGAGAGAAACACCAACACCAGAGACAGAUUCAGUCUACGCACUAAUGAAGCCAUACACUGACCCCGCAGCUGGACCUGUUGAUGUGACCUAUGCUGAGGUUGACCUCCAAAAGAGGGCCAAAGCCAAGAAGAAUAGAGAAACAGCAACCCCACCAGAGGCGGAUUCAGUCUAUUCUCGAUUGAAGCCACGCUCAUGCCCCGGUCCUUGAAGGAGAUGGAGGGACACAUAAUCAGAGGAGGAGCAGGAGAAACCUGGGAAUAUGGAUUAUUCACACAUGUUCGCACACACACACGCAAGCACACCCACACACCCAUGCAAGCGCACUCACAGAUACACACACACAUAAAGGAUUUAUAUAUAUAUAUAUAUAUAUAUAAAUAUAUGAUUUAAUAUUGGUUCAAUUGUGAAUUACUGUAACAGCUUUUUAAACAAUGAUAUGGUGUAAUGAUUAUGGAUCUUAUCUGCAGCUACAGUAAUUGUAUCUGUGUAUUGAAUUGUUUGGUUGUAAAUGUACUGAAAUGUAUUAUCAUUGGUUUGUUACUUCUGUCACUCGGCCAAAAGUAUGUGGACACACAUUCAAAUUAGUGGAAUUGGCUAUACACGGGUGUGUAUAAAAUCAGUCAUGCAAUCCCCAUAGACAAACGCUGGCAGUAGAAUGGCCGGUACUGCUGAACUCAGUCACUUUUAACAUAGAACGGUUAUAGGAUGCCAGCUUUCCAACUAGUCAGUUCAUCAAAUUUCUGGCCUGCUAGAGCUGCCCUGUCAGCACAAGAACUGUUCGUCGGGAACUUCAUGAAAUGGGUUUCCAUGGACGAGCAGCCGUACACAAUCCUAAUAUCACAAUGCGCAAUGCCAAGCAUCAGCUGCAGUGGUGUAAAGCUCACCGCCAUUGAACUCUGGAGCAGUGGAAACGUGUUCUCUGGAGUGAUGAAUCACGCUUCACCAUCUGGCAGUCAGACGAACGAAGCUGGGUUUGGCUGAUGCCAGAACACUCCCUGCCAAUGUGCA